ACUUGUGGGUACUGGAGGUGGGGGCGGUUCUGGGAGCAUUAUCCUAAGGAGCAUCAUCUGGGAGAGAUAUGCAGUAUAAAGCUUAUCUUUAAAAUGCAUCGUCUUCUUACAGCUUGCAAAAUCUGCGAAAACAUCAGUCUCAAGCAGAGACGCAUCAAACAGCUGCUCAGAAAGAUGCCAAGGCUGCAACAACUACAUUUGGUAGCUACCCAAGAGAGAAAUGAAGAAAUCAUCGCUGAAACUGUAACUGAGAUAAGGCAUCUCCGUCAAGAGCAU